AUGGGGAAGGGGGCAGAGAAGGGGGAGAGGGGAGGCCCGGCUGAUAGUGUGCCGGGGCAGCCUCGCGGUUUGGGGGAGGGGGCCAGCUUGGAGAACAUCCAGUCAGACAGCACCAGCGCAACCAAGGAGGACCUCCCUCCUUCUUCAAAGCCCGCUCCUGCAUCCUCCUCCACCUCUUCUAACUCCUCUCACAGACACUGGGCACCUCCUAAAGGAUUUUGGAGGGUAGCACGCCCAGAGACUCUGGUUCUGAAUAGGGUGAGCACUCAGUCUACUGUGGGCACUCAGACUACAAUGCCCAUACUCUCGUCUUUUGUACGUCUGAAGGAUGAACCCUCUGCGAAUGCCAUCCUCUCAGGGCCCCAGAGUAAGUCAAGACUGGCUUCUGUGGAUUCUGUAGACGAGGACAGGGACGAGAGGGAAGGGUGUUGGAACAUGCUGCGUUCGGACAGCCUGGACUGCUACCUGGAGAGGUGUGAUAAGAAAGAAGCGAAGGAGCCUAUGGAUCCCGUGGGGGGGCUGUGGAGGGCGGAGAGCUGGGAAAGUGUGUGCUCGCAGGAAGGGACGCUUUCGCUGGGGGAUACAGUGGAGGCCAACCAGAGAGCAAGAGGGCGGUCAGUGAACAGACGAAGGAACACCAAGAGAGGAGAGGAGAAAGGCGGCGUGGACAUCCCAUACCUCUGUGUUGACCAGAUAGACAAGAGAGAUGUGUCUCCAGAUGCAUCUGCCUCCUGGAACAAUGAGUGUGAUUUAACCAUUCCACAACAGGAGCUGCUUGAACUUCCCGGCUCACACUUCAACCCUGAGGAACUUCCUCUGAGCCCCAGACAUGAGCAGGCCAUGCUCCUGCUGGAGAGGGCUCGGUUAAAAGCCCGCUUCAAUCACGCCAAAGGGGAACGCCCUCAAACCCGCCGCUCCCAUUCUGCCCAGAGAUACAACCCCAAGAGGCAGCAGUCUGGGAUUGAUUCAGCACUGGUCCAAAAGGCUGUGGCUGUUAAACCCAAGGAAGAGCUGACAGCCCCACCCUCAUCAGGUCCACUCCUGGUCCCACAAAGCAGAGACCUCUCCCCUGGGGGGCAUAAUCGUCGGUAUGGUAACUCACCCACAAGGGUGCGGUUUGAGGAUGAAUCAGAGAAGGAGGCAGAGUCUCGCUACCUGGAUCGGGUGAGGGAGCGUGGGCGGGCCACGGGACAGAAAUCCAAGGGCACUCUGGAAAAGAAGGCGGAGUCUAGCAUAAGCAUUACAGGCCUUACUCCAAGACUGGAGGAUGUUGGUUUCACGAACGCUAAAUCUACCCAGGUAACAGAGGUAGUGGUGGUGUUGAGGAAAUGUGAGGCUUGUGGAUCCAUUCUUAGGGAUCCUCCAGUGCCCGAACCAGAGACUCAGUCCGGCAAUGCGGAGGAGAAUCAAGGCAGGAAGGUCUCUCGCUAUGGCCCCCCAGCCCAAUCAGACGGGAUCCCCCAACCAGAUCAGCCCAGCAGCAUCCACCCCAAAGCGGCUGGGGUCACCUUCGGUGAGGUCCUGAUUCUGGGAGAGGAUAAAGAGGGCGGGGCCGGGGGUGGAGUGGGGGAGAGGUCCUCUGGUUUUGGGAAGUUGAGGAGGCGCAGCAGGAAGGGAGAGAGCCGGCUGAAACGGGUCGGCUCGGGACAUGGCCCCUAUGGUGCCUCGUGGGCCCACCGUCGAAACUCCAACCCCAGAAACAGGGUCAACGUGUGCAGGCGAGCCGUCACCUUUGCUCUAGGCAGUCCUGUAGCUCUGGACCGCCCUCUGGUGGGAGCCUCCGGAAACAGCAGCCCCAAGGAUAGUGACGCCCCCACCCCGCCACUGCCCAUUAAGUCAGCUCUGAAGUCAGGCUGCAAGAGCAGGGCGAGUGGGCAGCGUGUGGUAAAGCUCCUGCCCUCGGUUCAGUAUCACCUCAUCAACCUGGAUGAGGGGGCAGGGGGAAGCCCACAGCAUGACCUCAUCACCACAGAGCAUCAUGGGGAGGGUCCUAUCUCUGCCCCCUCAGGGUCUCCCCCUAACGCCGCCUUAGUCCCCUGCAUCCGACCAUCGUCCCUCAGGUACUCCCCUGCAAGGAUCACCCCUGACCUCCCCCCUGCGGAACUCUGGGAAACUGCUGCAGAUGGAGCUGGUCUGGCGCUGAGCGGAGACGUGUGUCGAGAUCUGCUGGUGGCUCUUCCAGAGUGCCGCCCUGCGCUGCGCUGCUUGGGCGUGUCCCGAGCAGAGGACCUGAGGGCAGAGUUAUUGAGAGCGGAGCACCUGAAGGCAGAGGCUCAGUGGGAGGAUGGCCAAGAGGGGGCUCGGAGGUCUAUGGCAGAGCGGGACAGCAGACCCAAGCUAUCUCUGCGACGGUUCUUCUCCUCCAUCGGGCUGCACAGUGUGGGCAGGCUGGUGAAGGGAGGGCGCUCCAGCAGCAUGGAACAGCUCAGCAUCUCAGCGCCGCGGGCCAGCUCCGCCUCACCCAGCCCCACCCACAGCCCUCACACCAACACCCGCCUGCAGAGGACCCCCUCACUACAGGCCCUGCACACAGUGUCCCCACUGGCCCAGCUUCGGAAAGCCUCCUCUGUGCAGAGUCUGGAGAGGAGAGUGGAGCGUUCUACCAUUCUGGGAGAGGUGUCUGUGCCUAAAAGCCUGGCACCCAGGAUGAUCCAGAGAGCCCUGAGUGUGGAAGAUGUGUUAGCCCCUCGGGUGGUGCGUCCCAUGGGUCCAAUGGGUAGGGUCGUCCAGGCCUUCCCUGAUGGGACCCUCUGGUUGGAGCUCACCAGACCCCCUAACGGCCCUUUUGGAUUCGUCAUCUCACGGGGCAAAGGUCGACCGGUCACAGGUGUGUACGUGGAGCAGGUAGGGGACGGUACUGAGGAGGGCCUGUACUCUGGGCUCCUGGGUGUUGGGGAUGAGAUUCUGGAGGUGAACGGGGAGACAGUGGCUGGACUGACCCUGGAUCUGGUGACACGCCUCAUGACCCGUGACAGCACUGCCUCUAUCCGUGUCCUGCCACACCGUCGGAACCAUCGCUAAGCAAUGGAAUAUUCCAUUAUCCAUUUCAAUGAAAAAACACACUGGAUACUGCGCCAUGAUGAUGUCAUGACGAAAACUUGAGAAUGGAAAUAGGCAUAAAGAGAUAUUUUUAACUCAGGGAGAACAAAAGGAAGGACAUAACACAUCUCCUUUUCUAUUAUUAGGCCUAAUCUUUGAAGAUUCAGGCAAAUGUUUGUGAAUCAAAACAGAUAAAACAAAGCAUAAAGAAAAUGUUGCCCUGAAGAUGCAAGUGAGAUGAUCGACAGUGCCUUCAGAAAGUAUUCAUACCUCUUGACUUAUUCCACAUGUUGUUGCUGCAGCCUAAAUUCCAUUGAUUAUAUUGAUUUUAUUUUCUCACCCAUCUACACACAAUACCCCAUAAUGACAAAGUGAAAUCAUGUUUUUAGAAAAUGUUCCUAAUUUAUUGAAAUUGAAAUACAGAAAUAUCUUAUUUACGUAAGUAUUCACAACCCUGAGUCAAUAUAUGUUAGAAUCACCUUUGGCAAUGAUUACAGCUGUGAAUCUUUCUGAGUAAGUCUCUAAGAGCUUUGCACACCUGCAUUGUACAAUAUUUGCACAUUAUUCUUGAAAAAAUUAUUCAAGCUCUGUCAAGUUGGUUGCUAGACAUUUUCAUGUUUUGUCAUAGAUUUUCAAGUAGAUUUAAGUCAAAACUAUAACUAGGCCACCCAGGAACAUUCACUGUUGCCUUGGUAAGCAACUUGGUAAGUGUAUUGUUGGCCUUGUGGUUUAGGUUAUUGUCCUGCUGAAAGGGGAAUUUGUCUCCCAGUGUCUGUUGGAAAGCAGACUGAACCAGGGUUUCCUCUAGGAUUUUGCCUGUGCUUAGCUCUAUUCCAUUUAUUUUUAUUUAAAGAAAACUCCCUAGUCCUUGCCUAUGACAAGCAUACCCUUAACAUGAUGCAGCCACCACUAUCCUAGAAAAUAUAAAGUGAUGUGUCGUAUUGGAUUUGCCCCAAACAUAACACUUUGUAUUCCGGACAUAAAGUUAAUUUCUUUGCAACAUUUUGGGGUAGUUUUACAUUAGUGCCUUAAUGCAAAAAUGAUGCAUGUUUUGGAAUAUGUUUAUUCUGUACAGGCUUCCUUCUUUUCACUCUCAGUUAGGUUAGUAUUGUAGAGUAACUACAAUGUUGUUUAUCCAUCCUCAGUGUUCUCCUAUCACAGCCAUUAAACUCUGUAACUGUUUUAAAGCCACCCUUGGCCUCAUGGUGAAAUCCCUGAGAGGUUUCAUUCCUCUCCGGCAUCUGAGUAAGAAAGGACGCCUGUAUAUUUGUAGUGGCUGGGUGUAGUGACUGGGUGUAUUGACUGGGUGUAUUGACACACUAUCCAAAGUGUAAUUAAUAACUUCAACAUGCUCAAAGGGAUGUUCAACGUCUGCUGUUUUUUUUACCCAUCUAUCAUUUGGUUCCCUUCUUUGCAAGGAAUUUGAAAACCUACUUGGAAUUUGUGGUUGAAUUUGCGUUUGAAAUGCAUUGCUUGACUGAGGGACCUAACAGAUAAUUGUACGUGUGUGGCACAGAGAUGAGGUAGUCAUUCAACAAUAAUGUUAAAUGCUAUUGCACACAGGGUGAGUCCAUGCUACUUAUUAUGUGACUUGUGCUGUUAAUUAAGCACAUUUUUACCCCUGAGCUUAUGUAGGCUUGCCAUAACAAAGGGGUUGAAUACUUAUUGACUCAAGACAUUUCAGCUAUACAUUUUUUGUGAAUUUGUAAAAAUGUCUACAAACAUAAUUCCACGUUUACAUUAUGGGGUAUUGUGUGUAGGCCAGUGACACCAAAUCUCAAUUUAACCCAUUUUAAAUUAAGGCUGUAACACAACAAAAUGUGAAAAGGAGGUGUAAUUUCUUUCUGGGGUGUGAAUUCUUUCUGAAGGCACUGUAAAUAAAGACUGUAUAAUGAUUAUUGUGCGUUUCACAAUAAAUAGCCUAUUGUGUCAAAGGUGAACAUGA